GAAUUAUGUACAGAUGCUAGUUGAAGGAGUGGUGGAAUAUGAUGAUGGCACUCCAUCGACGACAUCGCAAAUGGCAAAGGACUUAGUUACGUUUCUAAGUUGGACAUCUUCGCAAGAAUUUGAUCAACGAAAACAGAUGUUUAUCAAGGGAAUGGGACUCAGUGUUAUAUUAAUUGCUUCGGUUGUUCAUUAUUCGAGAUUCCUCUGGUCACACAUAAGAAGUAGACAGAUAGCAUACAUACCCAAGGAAAAAUAUUAAGAAAUAUUCUCGCGAAAGGUUUCGG